AUGAGUUUGCUACUCGUCCAAUUGCCUCGAGAACGGCUCCUGCAGUUCCAGAGUCGACAGGAGAAGUGGGAGAAACCACGACGACAGCCUCUUGGCGCUGUCACCCCUAUAACCUCUAAGAUCGCGAGGGCACGAAUAACCUCUUUCACAAAAUGCAUAAGCCGUCAAUUGAAGACUCGACGGAUGUUAAAUAUUUUUACAGGCGGCGGGGGGGUCAAACCCCCCGUUCAGAAUGUGACGAACCCGCGUACAUCGAGUAAGUCAAGGGGGACUGAAGUCGGCACAGGCCCGAUGGAUGGCCCCCGAGACGACCUCAGGGGCCGUGCUUUUGUUCCGGCACGGUACGGGGAGUCGCGCCCCCGAGAGACCCUUAGCAUCCAGGAACGUGGUAGCCCCUGCACAGGGGAAAUCCACCCUGGGUUCCGAUCGGGUGAAACCCCGGUGGCCCAUGACAGCGGCAUGGAUUUUGGGGGCCGCAAAUUGUGCAAAGACCUGGUGACAAACACUGCGACGAAGACGACUGACACGAAAACAGUAAAAGCGGACAGGACGACACUGGAACAACCACGACGAGACAGGACGGACAGCGUGUCGAGCACAGGCAGCGGAGUGAGUUGCGCUUCCGCUGCAUCCACAGUCGGCACGGAAACACGAAUCACGGACGAUAUGGACCUGACGGACAUAAUGUUUUUGAUUCACAGGACAGCGACAGGGAUGGCCGAGGCAGCGGCCAUCCAAAAAAACAUGAAUAUGUCCGUGAAACGCGGCAUAAAGACGAUCCUCGAGGCUGCCAAUGUUGCGCUGAAUAGGCGCAACAGAGCAGUCUCGACGGAAAACAAGACGGACAACGAGAUGACGGAAACGGACGCUCAGACGGAACAGCGGACGCAAAACACUCCACGGACAAAACGAAAACGGGAAGCGACUGGAACCACUCCGGAGACCUCCCAAAAGAGGCCAACGGCCGUGGAACCAGCCGCCGACUGGCAAACAGUGGCAAAAAAACAGACCAAGACGAAACGGAAGACGCGGACGGAUGGAACGAACCCGACGAUGGACACGUCAACCGGGGCUGAAGGGCGCAGAGCGGCUCCCCAGCAAUGGGGGACGGCUGUGCUCGUCAAACCCGGAAUAGACAAGACGUACUCCGACAUCGUGAGGAGGAUACGGGCCACGGUAGAUCCUGCGAAGAGUCACGUUAAAGUGACGACUCUCAGAAAGACGAAGAAUGGUCUGUGUCUUCUGAAGAUAAAGACAGACGCCAACGGACGAGACGAUAUCGGACGCGCCCUACAAGACGCGGUCGGCGACGCAGGCAACGUCAGGGCCGGGGUCUCCAGAGUACAACUGGAGAUCGUGGACCUUGACUGUGUCACGACCAGAGACGACGUGAUACAGGCACUGCGACGAGAGACGGGACCAGACGCGGACUUCGGGGUCCACAUCUUUGGUCCGAACCGAGCCGAGCAGUAUAUGGCUGUCUGCGACCUUGAAUCGCACGAAGCCAAGGCGCUGGUUGGCAAGGGACGGAUCGGGAUUGGAUGGUGCCUUGGCUACGGCCACACGAAGGCAAACUGCACGGACGAGGACCGGACCAGGUGCUGCAGAAAGGGCGGCCAGACGGGACACUUCGCGACGGACUGUAAGAACAGACCAAACUGCCCACUGUGCUCCAAGGCGGGACACGGGGAUGCGGCGCACUUUUCAGGCUCUGGAAGGAUAGUUCAGGGCAACCUGAACCGCAGUAGGACAGCAGACGUGCUACUACCACAGAUAGCGGACGAACAUGACGCCGACAUUCUGAUCCUGUGCGAGCCGUACAGGGUGCGACGAACACAGGAUUGGAUUACGAACGAGACUGAGACAGCGGCUAUCUGGGUGAGGGGCGCCGCCCGAGCCCGGACAGCCGCUCGUGGAGUAGGAGACGACUACGUCUGGGCUAGGGUGGGCGCUGUCACUUACGUCAGCGUCUACCUAACCCCAAAUUGCGCUGCGGCGGAGUUCUUGGCGAAGGUUGCGCUCCUUGAAGACGGACUCAGGGACCUGCCCGGGGACCUGCCCGGGGACCUGCCCGGGGACCUCGUGGUCGCGGGGGACUCUAACGCGAGGGCGAUCGAGUGGGGCAUGACUGAGACGAACAGACGCGGACGGCUGCUGCUGGAGAUGGCCGCAAGGCUGGACCUGGUAGUGGCAAACACGGGAAACGUACCGACGUACAGACGGCCGGGAUUUGGAGACUCCAUCCCGGACGUAACGAUGACGACGGACAGGAUGCUGCCACGGGUAGGGCGGUGGCGGGUGCUCGAGGGCUACACGGCCAGCGAUCAUCAGUACAUCGUCUUCGAAGUGGCAGGAGAGACGACGACGACACGGACAAGGAUCCAGCACCCCCCGCGGUGGAACAUAGACAAACUCGGUGCGCACAAGUUUUCGGUGGAACUGGCGAGAGCGCCGGCCCCGAUUACCGACGUUCCCCCGGAGCUGACUGGCCGGCAAAGGGCGGAAAGACUGGCAGCCGAGACGGCCAAACUGACGACACGACUGUGCAAUAGCACAAUGCCGAAACGACGGUACGGACCCGAGUUGCGGAAGAGCUGCUUGGCGAAACGAAGACGGGUGACUAGGGCUGGCGGGAGACCCGGAAGGGAAACCCGCCAGGCCGAGUACAAGACGGCACGGAAACAACUGACGGACGCCAUCAGGGACGGUAAGACGCGAUGCUGGAAGAAGCUCUGCAAGGAGGUGGACCGCGACUCCUGGGGUGCCGGUUACAAGAUUGUGACUGGUAGGCUGGGGGCCCGGAUCCUGCCAGAACUCAAGGACGCUGAAACCGCACGACGGAUCGUAGACGGACUGUUUCCGACGCACCCGACGCGGACAGACGCGACGAACGACGACGAGAUGGCGCCGUCCCCCGUCUUUACUGCUGAGGAGCUCGUCGGAGCGGCCAAGGCAAUGAGGAUGGGUAAGGCGCCAGGACCGGACGGGGUACCGGCGGAGGUUCUUCGGCUGAUGGCAAGCCUGAGGCCGGAGAUACUUCUCGACCUUUACAACACAUGCCUCACGACAGGGACUUUCAGCGACCGGUGGAAGACGGCAAAGCUGGUCCUUAUCCCUAAUGGUAAGGGCGACCCCAGCGCACCGUCGGCCUACCGGCCGUUGAGCUUACUAGACACGACGGGGAAACUUUUUGAACUGCGACCACGACUAACGGACGCAAUACAAAAAGGAGGAGGACUGUCAGACCGACAGUUUGGCUUCCGGAGGGGUCGAUCGACGAUCGGAGCGAUCCAGGAGAUGGUCGACUCCUUCCGGGAGACAGACAGACACUGCCACGUAGCGCGACCUAUCGUGCUGCUGGCGACACUGGACGUCAGGAACGCCUUCAACUCGGCCAGGUGGGUGGACAUCCUGGAGUCGCUGAGAGGCGACUUCGGGGUCCCGCCUUACCUGCUCCGGGUUGUGGAAGACUACCUUCGGAACAGACGACUGACGUACGGAACGACCGAAGGUCAAGUGACGCGACAGAUCACCGCGGGGGUCGCCCAAGGAUCCAUACUGGGACCUGACUUUUGGAACGGGAUCUACGACAGCUUGCUGAGACUGGAGCUCCCGCUCAGCGUUCGCCUAGUCGCUUACGCUGACGACGUGGCGGCGGUGAUAGUCGAGCGCACUCCAGACUUGGCACAAUACGUACUAAAACAGACGAUGAGACGAGUCGGACGGUGGAUGACUGACCACAGACUGCAACUCGCGACGGAAAAGACAAAACUGGUGCUUCUCACCAGAAGAUGCAUACCGACCACACUACGCAUGACGGUCGGAACGGACAAGAUCGAGACCAGAGGGGAAGUCAAGUACCUGGGGGUGACCCUGGAUACGAAGAUGACCUUCUAG